CAUCACCACAUUCUGCACUUCAGCAUUUCUCUGUAUACUUUCCACGACACCGCCGGCGAGGACACGCUUCACACGGAGAGGAAACUAACUCUACACGGCGGUUGUUGUUAUCUGAACUUAUAAUAUUUGCAGACUGGAAUAUAGACAACAGCGGGGAGUUGAAUACACAAAGACAGAAGGAAGGGACCUUGAACUUUAUGAGGAGGGCAUAUUGUACAGCUUAAGCUCGAGGGAAUAAGCUGGAGUGAGCGAGAGGAAAAGAAAAGGACGACCAAAAGCACAAGUGAUUCUACUCCACAGCAGAGUUUGUGUGCAAACAUUUCUUUAAUGGACUUCAAUGACUAGGACUGAGGAUCACAAAGACCACCAUGACAGGAAACAUCUCCACCACGUCUCCCACAACCGGCGAGAUGAACUUCACCGCGACCCAAGAACCCUGCGUGGAUCACGGCGCGCUGCAGAGCCCGUUGGCGGUGCUCUACACUAUCAUCUUCAUCCUGGGUCUCGUUGGGAACCUGGUGGCUCUGUUGGUUUUCUUCUGCGUUGACUCCAAGAAGAACUCGGUGCGGGUGUUUCUCAUAAACAUUGCCUUUGCCGACCUGCUGCUGGUGGUGUGUCUGCCGUUCAGGAUACUCUACCACAGCCGAGGCAACGUCUGGACCCUGGGUCCCAUCUUGUGCAAAGUGGUGGGCAACCUCUUCUACAUGAACAUGUACAUCAGUGUCACGCUGCUGGGGCUGAUCAGCGUGGACCGCUACCUGAAGAUCCAGCGAGGUGCGAGGGUGCAGCACAGACUGCGGACCACGAGGUGGAGCACUGCCAUCUGUGCGGUCGUCUGGACCGUGGCCUUUGCUUUCACUUUGGCGCUCCUGAUGCCACAAAAUGCCCCACAGUCGGACAGACAUGUUGCUGUUUCCAGGUGUUUCCACUAUAAGAAGCUCCAUAACGCAGAGUGGAAAGCCUACAUCAACAUAUUUGUGCUGGUUGUCUUCUGGCUCGCCUUCAUCUCUCUGGUGGUGUCUCACGGGAAGAUCGCGCUCAAGCUUCUGCGAACAUCGCAGGAGAAACCGGACCUGCCUAACGCCUCCCGCUACACCCGAACUGCCAGGAAGUCCUUCUUCAUCCUCUUCCUCUUCACCGUCUGUUUCGUGCCCUAUCACAUGGUCAGGGUGUUCUACAUAAAAACCCAGAUCACAGGCAUGUCGUGUUUCUGGCAGGGUGUUGCUGACAAAGCCAACGAGUUGGCUCUGCUGUUCUCUGCCCUCAACAGCUGCCUGGAUCCUGUUAUGUACUUCCUGUUGUCCUCUUCGGUGAGGAAGGAGGUGCUGCGCUUGGUGAGCAACGUGUUUUGCAUGCGAGACGUCGGUGGAGUCAGCGGGAGCAGCUCCAGUGUGGAGCCGGACAGUAAGAACGGGAGGACUAACAGAGGACAGGCAAGCGUCAGCUUCAGCACCCAUUUGAAGGAGAAGACAACGACCGAAUCCAGCCAAGCUGGAAUGUAAAGGCACUCUGAGACAGCGAGUCUCCACCUUCUCCAAAGUAAGCAUGACAGCAACCACGCUGCUGAGGAGCAGGGCAGACUGACUGUCGCUCUCCUCAACACGUACUUCUAUUUGCUGCUGUCGCCUGAGUUGAUGAAGGCAGGAACUCAUC